AUGGACACCAGGAGAAGAGCGCAAGAGGACACUGAAGGGACAAGCGAAAUACAUGUAGUUUUUUUUAUUUUCAUUUUGAUUUUAUUUCGCAGUUAAUUGUUCAGACCGUUUAUGGAACGAAUCGUCUGACUAGCAGAGCACUUCCUGGUAAGAAAUAUUUUUGAUAUAUGCAUUGUGAUGUUUCAUAAUUUAAGACGAAGAAAACCAAAUCGAAGAAGCUGAACUGAAAUAUGGGGCGUCUCACGUUAUUCAUCUUUUUGUUCCCGUUUCAAUGUGCAUGGCGCUAGUGGUGUUUACCAUGAACACAAUAACAUUUUACAGUCAGAACAAUGGACGUCAUUUGUGAGUGUUUUAUAUAGAAUGUACUCAUUUCUCUGAUUUGAGUAGAAAUUAAAGAAAGCUCGGCCAACAUUUUCUGCAGACUUUACACGCCAUUUGUCAAGGAAACCGAUAGUAUUGUUGAAAAAGGCUUGAUGUCACUUGGAAACGCCCUUGUGAUGCUUUUUGUGGUGGUCUUGAUGACUGUUUUACUCAUUGUGUUUUACAAGUACAAGUUCUAUAAGGAAAGUUAUUUUUCUUAACUUUUCAGUAAUAAAAUCCAUUUUAGGUGAUUCAUGGAUGGCUGAUUGUAAGUAGUUUUCUGUUGCUCUUCCUGUUUACUACGAUUUAUGUCCAGUAAGUCCAAGGUGAUUUUUCUCAACAACAAUAGGCAUGAUCUAGAGAAGUAAUGAAAAGCUUUGAUAUUUCGUCUUCUUCGCCACUAAUUCUGUUCAUGUUAGCAAACUAUGGUGUAUUGGGUAUGAUGUGCAUACAUUGGAAAGGUCCGCUCAGACUGCAACAGGUAUUAGUACUUGAAGAUUAACUGAAUCGGCAUUAUGUAUCUCAUUUUUACAGUGCUAUCUGAUCAUGAUGUCAGCACUGAUGGCUUUGGUUUUUAUCAAGUACCUUCCUGAAUGGACAGUUUGGUUUGUCCUCUUUGUAAUAUCUGUGUGGGAUCUCGUAGCGGUGUUAACCCCCAAAGGUCCUCUAAGAUAUUUAGUCGAAACGGCACAAGAGAGAAAUGAACCCAUUUUUCCUGCUCUCAUCUAUUCUUGUAAGAUUUUCUUGUAUUGUUCACACUGAUCCUGAUUUUCCAGCCGGAUUUCUCUACCCGUAUGUCCUUGUCACUGUCGCAGACGAUCCUACUGUAUUGAAUAAUCAGAACGAUUUGGGCACUGGUACUAUUUUCAAAAUGUUAAAGUUAAACUGCGAAAAGAUGGCUAUUUUGCUCCGCUACACGGUCUCCCUUCGAGCGAACGCUCAACGGUUUCAUUAGUGCAUAAGCAACAUUUUGGUAAGAGAAAUCUCGCAUAUUGUUACAAAUUCAGUUAAAAAUUUCUACUUGGAGUUUUUGGCCUAAAUUUUGAGAUUUUUGAAACUAGUUUAAAAAAUUGCUCAGGAAACUUUUAAGUAGUUUAACAUUUGCGCCCUGGGAGACCGUGCGCUAGAGAGAGAGAGAGAGAGAGAGAGAGAGAGAGAAAAAUACCGAAAUUUUACACAGUGACCGAGGUCCGAGUCUAACGGAGCGGCUUUGUCAUUUUUUUGCGGUGCUAAUACCUGGAAAACACACAUUUUCAGGUGCCAAAAGCAAUGAGGAGGAGGUUUCAAAUACGAAGAAUAAAAGAAAAGUCAAACGUAUUGCCCAAAAAACGCAAGUAGAAACUUGUUCUACCUCUCAAAAUCAACGCUCAACUCUUGAAACUCCGGUGGAGAGACGCAAUCAACCGGUCACAACUGAAGAAAUUGUGAUUGAAAACGGCGGAUACCAAGAAGAAAGUGGGUAAUAAAAUAGACAGGAACAUUAACAUAGUCUGACAAAAUUGUCGAAAUAUUAAACUACGGGAGCUAGGUUAGAUAGCCAAAAUCAGCCGCGUCAAAAGUAUACACCUCCAAUUUUUAGAAAAAAUGCACAAAAUUGGCAAAGUGUGUUGUUGAAUCUGUGAAUGGGAUGCUGAAAAAAAACAAAGUUUUUUGUCAAAGCUCGGUGUUAUUUAAACGAGUUUCAGCCGAUCCGCAGUGUUUUAAAGUUGGCGAACUUCUCUCUCAACGUGAACUAACUUGAAUUUUUUUGACAAAUUUUACACAUUGCGGCUCAGCUGAAACUUGACCAAAUAACAUCGGAUUUUUUUAUCACUUCCCUACUUGUGUGAGGUUUAGCCUUUAUAUUAAGCCUGUUAGACCCCAACAACGAAUAGUUUAACAAAAAAUGGUCCGACAAGAAAUCGGACCAUUCUUCCUUCUCGACGAACGCUGCCAAAUUGGCUUGAAACCACUGCUUAAUGAUCUUGACAGUGUGAGCAGGCGUAUCAUCGUCCCGAAGACGUCGUGUUGUUCUCCGAAGUGUUUGCGAGACCAAAGAAUACGUUUCUUUGUUUAAGUCCCAUCUACAUAACGUACUUUUCUGAUGUUGUCACCAUGCUCGAUGAAUACGCGUUGAGACUGGCAUGUUCAGCUGAUGCGACCAGAAACCAUGACACGGACCAGAUAAUGGCCCUACCGUUUUUUUAGCGCUUUCAGGGACGUCCCAGCAAGCCUCGGCCUUUGCCGAAAACAGUUUUUCGUUUUAAGAAACCGUCUCAAAUGGUCUUGGGAUUCCGAGCCGUUUCAAACUGUUUAAGAGGCAAUGUCUAGGUCGGGAGGAACUUUUUUUGCCAAAGCACAAUAACGUCUAGAUUCAGAAUCAGCAAUAAAAUCAUGGCUAUGUAGUUUUAAAAUUUUUCAAGACGAGCACAUAACUGAAAAAUUUUCUGAAAAAUGUCAUAAAACAAUAUUUUUCUCCAUGAAGGAGAGGUGCUAAAUUUUUGGUCCCAACAUGAAAAAUGCUUAAAAAGAUGCGAGAAAUCGAAUGGCGUUAAGUCUUAGACGCUAGCAUUUUGUUGAAAUUAGUUACAGUUUCGACCUAUUUUGGGAUUGUGAUCGGACUAGGGACCACGGAGCCGGACCAAAAUUUGUCUGAUGUAUUACUGUUAUGUAAGUACCCAUUGAACGUACAACUGAAAUGUUGGAUUUCGCUUGACUACUGCCUCCGAUCUCUUUGAAAUAUUUUGCAUCUAUCAUUCUCAAAAAUGUAUAGCUUAGCAAAAAUGAGCGCAGACACACGAUUUGUAUUACACGGUCUGUAUAUAAUAAAUUUAUUUUUGGGCCUUUGUAAUUCUGAAUCUGACUUGAACCCAACAUGGUGCACAACAAAACAUGAAUUUCAGGAGGAGUCAAACUAGGACUAGGCGAUUUCAUAUUCUAUUCAGUACUGCUUGGAAAAGCAUCCUCUUACAUGGAUUGGAACACUACCCUGGCAUGUUAUGUUGCAAUUCUUAUCGGUUUAUGCUUCACCCUUGUCCUUCUUGCCGUCUUCAAACGUGCUCUCCCAGCACUUCCAAUCUCUAUAUUUUCCGGUUUGAUUUUCUAUUUUUGUACACGCUGGUUGAUUACGCCCUAUGUGACAAAAUUGACGCACUUGUGCAUUUUCUACUAACAGUUACGUUGACCUUUCACCACGUUCUGUAAGUAGACACACUACUGUAUUUCACCAUGAAAGACUUACAUUCCUGCGUUAUCACAAAAAUUGGCAGCAGCAACUAUUUUAAAUUUUUUUACACGAAUUUUCUGCAAAGUGCAAUAACUAGCGAUUCAACAAUUUUCUAAAUUUAUGUUUCCCCAUGUCGGAAAUGUGUUUGUUAUUGUCUUUGUUGCUGUUCAAAUUUAGGACUGGCCAACAAGCAAUCUCUUUCAUUAAACGAUCUCAUUGAUUAUUUUUUAAUGUUAAUGAAUUUUUCUUUAUUUAAUGUUAUCACCUACAGUAACCUUUGCUAACAGGUAUUGCAUAUUUAUGAUCAAAAACUUGAAACUUCGAAAUCAACUCUUUUCAGAUGAUGAAAAGUCGUUUGAAUUCAGUUUUAAAUUUGCAUCGGGUAAACAAUAGAAUUAAAUUGGUUAGUUAAUGUUUAUCGAACCAAGCCAAUAAAAACAGAAUUGAAGAGAAAAGUAACUACGGAGAAUAGCAACAAACAGGAUAAUUGCUAUUUUGAUUUGAACAGUUUAAUUCAAAACACAAGAGUAACUUUCAAAACAGGAUCAGAGCUAGAUCAGGAAACUACAGUAAACUCCAAAUACGUGGUAAUCUUCAAGAAGAGAGAAGUAAAAAUUGUUAGAAACGCUCAGGACUCUGGUAAAAACUCAUAUUCAAAAGGAACCGUUGUCACUCUGUCAGGAUCACCAGGAUCUCACAAUGACUUCAAGUACAUGAAAAGUUUGUUUGAUGAAAAAAAUAUAAGGCUUAUUUGCACCAACUGGCCCGGAUCGGAAUUUGUGGAAGGUAAAUUGCAUUUUUAUGUUUGUGCUCAUUCUAUUGAUAAAGGCGGCGUUCACAAUGGUUACACAAAUCAAGAGAGGAACUCAUACAUUAUAUCCCUCAUGGAAAACCUGGAACUUAAAAAAGUUAACAAACUCGUUAUUAUGGGACACUCAAGGGGCGGUGAAAAUGCUCUACAAUUAGCCAAUAUUUUAUCCGUAAGUUUACUAAUUACUGUUUACAUAGAAAUUCUCUCCAGACUUGCAAAAUCUCGGCCCGGAAUUCAAAAUUUUUCAAAAAUUUUUAAUGUAACAGCUCUAAUGAAUUUUCCCUUAAAAGUUGUGCUAGAAAAACACUUGAAAAAGUGAGUUUAGAAUAGUUGAAACAAGAAAAAGUAAGUUUAAAUACAAAUUUCCUCAUUUUUCCGGAUUUCCAGGCCGAGCGGACCGGGCUUAUGACAAUGUCCAUUUUAGCCCGGACCGGCCUCUUGCAAGUAUGCUUCUCUCUAUAUUAAUACAAAAUGCAAUAUUUAGGACGAUCGGGGUUGGCCUAUAAUUGGAGCCGUCAUGAUCAAUUCUCCAGGUUUUUCACCUCAUAAAGGUGUUAGUAAUCGGUUUGCCUGAACAUGCGCAUGUGUAAAGUUUUGUGAUUCUUCAGAAAGAAGAUUAUCUCUUCAAUUGCAUCUCUCAUCAAAAUGCAGAACGUUUUCGUGAAUUCUUUACUAUUUCCGCUUUUAAAAAACUGUAAAAUUCAUGUCCUCAAACUUCAACAAUAAUCACAAAUUCAGUUUACAACAAGAUUGUCGGGCUGCGUGUUCCUGACGGAAGAGUAGCUGCAUCUUCAAUUUUGCCAAUGCAGACAUUUGCUUUUGAAAAACAAAAGAAUUGCAUUGAUGAUUUGAAGAAAAAACCAUGGGUACUUAAUUCAAAUUAAUACUGCGACAAUAUCUGUAAUUUUUUAAGGUUCGCGUUUUCUAUGCUUACGGUUCGAAAGAUUUUCUAAUAGAGGAGCAUCAUUCUGAAGAAGUUGCAAUGUAUUUUUCUGAUAACAAUCACUACGUUCGACCCGGCACUCUUCUUAUUCAAUUGUUUUAUUGCAGAUAAUCCGAGACAAGAGAGAAGCAGACGAAACAAUAGAAAGAGUUCGUGCCAAUUUGUUCACUGGUCGUAAAAAUAUAACAGCAAAUUUUGUGA